UGUUCUUCUUCGCGUGCCAUAUGCCUAGUUUACAUUUAAUUAAAACGGAGGAUGAAAUACUUUUAAACGUGCAAAUAAACGAAUAUUUCAGACGUGCCUAUAAAAAUUCAGUAUAUUUAAAACGAGAAGUAUAUGAUUUAGACAUGGCAAUUUGGGGUUCAGACCCAAGACUUCACAUGUGCUCUGUACAACGCAGGAUAACAGCUAUGUUUGAAGAUUUUGUCCAAAUGCAAAUAAUACAGAUUAAAACGAAGGAUGAAAUACUUUUAAACGUGCAAUUAAACGAAUAUUUCAAACGUGCCUAUAAAAAUUCAGUAUAUUUAAAACGAGAAGUAGCUGAUUUAGACAAGGCAAUUGGGCACGGUUCAGACCCAGUACUUCACAUGUGCUCUGUACAACUCAGGUUAAUAGCUAUGUUUAAAGAUCUUGUCCAAAUGCAAACAAACAUGAUGGCGAACAUGGGAGGUGCAGCUCCAGCUAUACACGAAUUUUUCGGUUUACCAAACGAGCAAGUAAUUGACCAAUAUACCAGACGUACCUAUGAACAUUAUAUGAAAUUAAAAAGAGAACUACUUUUGUUAGAUCACGUAAUUGGCAUUGGUUUAGACGCAAGACCUCAGUUGUACGAUGUACAAGGCACGGUAGCAACUAUAUUUGCAGAUUUUUUCAGAACGUUAUACUUAAAUCCAGCGCACAUGGCAGCUCCAGCUCCAGCUCCAGCUCCAGCUCCAGCUCCUCAAGGUCCGCUACAUGAUCUUUACGAAGAUGUCAAUGAUAAUCUUAGUCAAAUUUUCUAAAUUAAACUUCAAUUGUUUACAUUUGAUUACUUUCCUGCUUCGAGUGGUUGAUGAGUGUCGAGAUGUAGCAACUUUAAAAUAAACUAUUAUUUUCAUUCAUA